AUGGCACCAAAGAAGCUCACCGACUGCCCGGAAAAUCUUCGGGAAUCUAUCGAUUGGCUGAUUCAGAUUAAGAAUUGUGGAGAUAAGAAAGGUCUUCAGAAUUUGGCUGAUGCUUUGGGUACGUUGAUUAAUCAGGCUAUUGAAGAUGCCCAAAAUAGUCUUAAAGCCGAAGAAGAGAAACUUAAAUGCCCUAUAAUAUACGAGGGGAAUCUAACUUACUGCCAGUUUAAUGAUAGGUCCCUUAAGGAAGCUGAAAAGAAACUCGAGGAACUUAAAGAUAAACAGGACCUUGAAAGCGAAUCUCAAAAACAGCGUUUAGAAAAAGAGAUCGAGCAGUUUAAACUUUCUAAAGAAAAAUGUAUUCAACAUACUCACCCACGGUAUCCUGAUAGUAAGGCCUUGAAAGAUGUUAGGGCCCAGCUGAAGGCUUCACAGGAACUGCAUGAAAAACUUAAACCAUUUUUGAAUAAUCUUCAGAGAACUGCGAAGAAUCCUAAUGAUGGCAUUUUGCAUAACCUUUGUUCCGGUCUAGAGACAUUUCUGGGUUUUGAUGCCGCAACCAAAGGCUACACUGGUAAGGGAAUUGUCUACUCCGACCUUGACCGGCUGUGUGAUGCAGUUAUGGCGUUUAUCGUCAAAUGUUUAAAGGAAAACAAAAGCUUGUUGAUGCAUUAUUAUUCUGAAAUCGUAGAUAAGAUAGGCUUGCUAGAAGGCUCUAUAGGCAAAGGUUUAAGUGUAGAGGGAUUAAGGAGGGCCAUUGAUACUGUUAGAGAUGGGUUGGAGGGUUAUGAGGGUGGUAUGGAUGUAAGGAUACAAAAUUUUUUGGAUAAUGUGAAAUCGCUCAAUAACGAUCUAUAUGUUAAAGUUAAAACUAUUGAAUCAUUCACUGAUAAAGAUUUUAUUAAAGUGUCAACUUCUUUUCGUGAUUCUGUUGAAAUCGCCAUCCGGUCCAUCGCUACUCUUAGGGAUAAUGAGGCGGGAUUCAAAAAUAUUGAUAAACAUUUGAAAGGCAAAUUGAACAUCUCGUUAGAAAAAAUUGAUGAACGUAUAAAAGGGUUGCAUAAUGCUUUACAAGAUGAUAUUUUCGUAAAGGCCGUAAACACAUUGCAGUCGACGUUCGACACGUUGCCGGAUGAGGUAGAGCGAUUCAUAUCAAAUAAUGUCACGGGUACAAUUAGUGGACACAGGGACACCGUUGUAGAUUUGAAAAGAAAAGUUAAGGAACAUAUUGACGUAUCUCGCGAUAAUUUUCAAGUAGAACGUCUUCGGGUAUGCAAAGUAGACAUGGAGAAGGCGAUUGCAACCUUCAGAAAAAACGCUAAGAACUUGGGAGGGUUACGAAGUGAUGUUGUUAAGAAGGCUAUUGAUGAGAUAGAAUACACAUUGAAGGAUGAAGUAGAUAAAGUUGAGGAUGAAAGUGCAUUGAAUAGUUUAAAGAUUAAUCCUGUCGGAACUCAGAUUGGAAAUAUUACCAAGGAGAUUAAUCGACACUGUGAAGGAAAAUGUAUGGGCGGGCUGCGUGGUCUGGAAAAGUCGAUUGGUGAGCCUAAAAAAUUGUUCGACACUCAUCAUCAACGUAGGUUGUCGGAAUUGGUUAAACACGCCAAAACGAAUAUAGAAAAAACUCUUAAGUGCGCUGAUGAACACGCCAAAUAUUUAGGAGGGUUAAGGAACGAUGCGGUUGUAGGAGCUAUAAAGGUCAUCCAGGAAAAGUUGGAUGAAGUUAAUGGUGGAUCCUAUGACAUUGAUACGUUUGUAAAGCUGACAAAUUUAAAAAGUCAGACGGUGGAUGUGGAAGUCAAGAAAAUUCAAAAUGUGCUCAACGACGGUGCUGAGACAAUUAUAGUUGGGUUGCGUGGUUUGGAAGGUAGCAUUAAAAAACCCGAAGAUCUAUUCAAUAAACAUAAAGACACGUUAUUAGAAUUUGCAGAAGAAGUCCAAAACGAUUUUCAAACGGCCGUAUCUAAAGCUCAAGAGUGCAUUACGAGGCACGGAGGGAUGCAUAAUAAUAAGAUCAUGGGUGCUUUUAAUUCAAUUGAAAAGACGUUGAAAGGAAUCGAGACGCCCAAUAAAAAUGCUGAAGACUUGUCCCAAGUUGUUGCUCUGGUUGAAGGUCAGCUUGCUCAGGUUAAUGGUGCUGUGCGUGCUAGUGCUCCAACCCUUCAGUCUACAUUGACAGCAGAGUUCACCGAACUUAAGCACAAGAUUGGCGGCGUUUCAACAACUCUCACAGAUUCUGAAUUAAAGUCACUGAUCACUACCACGAGGUUGUACAUUGUGGACGCGAUAUGCGCAAUUGAAUGCCACGGGACAAACACCAACGGCACAAAGAACAAUGGCGCGUUCGCCAUUGUAACAGCUCUAUAUGGAAUUUUAGGAAGGCUUAACGAACCUUUCAGAGACUUUAUCACGACGUUGCAUAUCACUAUUAAUUCUGAUCUUAUAACACUCCAAGAUGUUAACGGUGCUUUCAAGGAGCAGGUAAAAACCUCAGGAACUACUACAUUGUUAAAGAGUUUAAAUGUAGGAAACCUACAACCCGAAUUUGAUAAAUCUCGUAAAGCUGCGCUAAAGCCAUUGUUGGAUAGGGUUAAGAAUGCUUUGACUGGAGCCGCCGAAGGUGUAGAAUCGAUGCUACUAGGAAUGCAAAGCAGUCACAAAGAUGAACUAGGAAGUGCGUUAAGGAAUCUUAAAAGGCCCAUUGAAUCUCUAAAUACCACGUCCAAGUUAAUGGACUUUGAGUCGCAGCUUGGUGUGGUAGAUGCCGCAUUUGAUAAAGUUAGAACGCAAAUGUCCAUACCUUUGUUUGACCAGCAAAUCCUCAUACACGUCCAAAAGUCUAUUGCGGAAAUAAAAAGAGAACUCAGACGCACGAUAAUAACUGCACAGGCCACCGCCUUCCAAACUGCAAUUGACAUUGCCAGAGCCGAAGUUGGCAGUGUGGUGCAAAAGGCCAAGACUGCAAUACAAACAGCUGAAAGUGAAUAUCAGUUGGAAUUAAAUAGGCUCUGUGCGAAUAUUGAUGCUGCUGCACAAGAUUUGCAAAAUAAAGCCAGCAAACAUCAAAUUGGUGAUGCCACUGCUGCUAUAAUCAAACCAUUUUCGAAUAUCACAAAUGCUAUCACCUCCAAAUCAGUUUUCUCCGCAGAUAUUGCCGAACGCCAACAAUAUUUUGAUAAUCUCCAAUCUCAAAUUACCAAUACAAUAGCAACCAUACAUGAAGCAUACAAAAAUGCAUACAGGAGUGCUGCUAAGUCCUACCUCAGCGGGGCGAUUGGAUCAAUUAAAAAAGCAGUCGGAGAUGCGGAAACAGCGUACGGAAGUGCGAUUGAUACGCAUAUUAAGGCUAUAGGAGGCAAGGUUGUUCAUAUUAAGGAAGAAAAGUUUAAAGUGGCUGCUGAAAGAAAUAAAUUAGCGAUGUUGUUCGAAGAAUCUUUCCGGCAAUUGGAGGCGGCGGUCAAAGAAAAGUCUGCCUUCCGAAAAGAUCUCACUGGUCGUACAGAGUGUUUCAAUAAUCUCAAAACAUUGAUUGAAGACACAGUAAACACUCUCUCCACCGCCUACCAGAAGGCUUAUCAAAGCUCUGCAAAGACGUAUCUCAGUAAUGCAAUAAGUAAGAUAAAAGAAAACGUCAAUAAUGCUGAAUGGAAUUAUGUGGAUGCGAUUAAUGUGGAAAUAAAAAAAGUCAAAGAAACAAUCACGGGCAUACAACAUAUAGAUUUUAAAGAAAAGGCAACAAGGGAUGGAUUAACGGAACGACUUACUCCAGUAUUCAAGACAUUGCAAGAGAAGGUUAAAACUUGUUGUGCCUUUAAAACAGAUUUUGUUAACCGUGCAACGUGUUUUACCAGCCUUGAAAAUCUCAUUAAUAGCGCCAUUGCUGGGAUCAUACAUGCCAGCGAAACGUUUGAUAACUGCACCUCAAUGGCGGAAAAUUAUCUCACUGAAUCCUUUAACGAUGCUUCAAUAAAGAUUACUUCGCUUGGUAACAAAAUCCACGAUCGAAUUAAACAAGCGUUCGACAAAAUCAUACUUGAAGUUUACACCAUGUAUUCAAAAGACAAAAUUGCACAUAUGAAAGCUUUGAAUACUUGCAUUGAGUGUAUGAUGCAAGAAUUCAAGAGCAUUAUAGAAGAAGACAAACGAACUGGGAUGAAAGGGUUGUUAAAGGCUCUUAGCGGUGUUAACCCAAAUUAUACGAAUCCUGAAAAUAGGCUUGAGAAGCUUAAAGAUAAACCGUUAGCGAAAGAAUUAGCUCAAGAAGUAAAAUCGUAUUUAGAUUCAAUCUUCAUAUACGUUUGGAAUGACAUAUACGCCGUAAUAGGAUCUCAGUUUACCUCCAAGAACCUAUAUAAAACAAAGGUUGAGAAAAUUAAAAACAACCUGAACGAGUUAUUCAACCAUCUCAUUGUCGAAAAAGGCAAAAUCUAUAACUACGAUCAUAAGUUUGUUGACUUACUCGGAAAUGUUAAAAGUGUAUUGAUCAAUAUGUAUCCUCAGGAAUUCGGUGCUACGGAAUAUCCAGUUUUGGAUGGUAUCAGAGAAGGAUUGAACGGUUUCACCGAGCAAUUAGGGUAUGCAUAUAUAAACAAAUACGUUGGAUCUAAACCAAUUGAGUGGCAUGUAGAUAAGCAACAGACGAAGCUUAGCCAAGAUGCAACGCGCUGCGCCAAGAUAUUCCUCACCCUCAUACCGGAGUGGCAUAAGCAUAUACCCUAUCUCAAUAGGGAAUGUAAUAAAGGUUGUACCGACAAAAAAAUAUCACUGCAAGAACAGAAAAUGAAUAGUGGGAUCACAAAGAUUGUUACAAAUCCCCUCGGUCUCUGGUUUGAUUGCCGUGGUUACAAGGUAUCUGGGUUCGACAAGCAAGAGGGUGAAUUGAGAAAUAACAGUGGUUGCACAGGUAACAAGAUCGGUGAAAAUCUUAAGACAUUUUUCGACAAGAAAAACACUUUUGGCAACCUUUUGUACUACCUUUAUGAAUAUUAUAAAGUCUGCCAUAUAAAACAUAUUCCUAGCCCCAAGCCUCCGACCACAAUCUGUCAGAUGCUCUACUGGCUCUGUGGCUUGGAGUAUACUCCUAUGUACGAAAACAUGAAAACGUAUCUUCAGGAGUGGUAUAAUGAUUUCAAAAAAGAGCAUGAGAUCGAGAAAGCAUUAUCGGCCACCGUACCGAGAAGAACAGGUCACGAGGUCGUCACAGACUUAAAUCUCGGUAAUCUACUUGGGUCGUACCAAAAUGUCACCCUACGUGCAUCUGAUGUAUUGCUUACCAUCCUUGGAUACGGAGACGCAGACGGGAGAUACGCCUGUGAGUUCAACACUAAUCCAUACAAUCUAUAUUACCCGACUGACAAAAGCAAAUGCUUUGAUAUGCUGGUCGAGAUAUGCUUGAGACUAAACCACCAAUUGCGUUUCCUGUAUAUGCAAUGUCACAACGGCCCACGUAGCAGCGGUUGGGCCGAUUGCCGAUAUGGUAAGUACAUAGCAGGGUCGGCGUGGAACUGCAACAGGCUGCAAUGUGUUGAGCAAGGCUGCGACCAAAACUGCAAAUGGCAUAAUGACUGCGGCGUCAAGUCACCGCUACAAUCGUUCUUAGAAGAUGGUCUGAAAGGCUUUUUGCCACAUCAGUUCAGCUCACCCAGUUGCAAGUUAGAAUGUUCGGUAAAGAACCACAACGGCAUCCCGUGCAAGACUCCAAUGGGCUUUGCUGACAUAAGCAUAACGGCAUCGUGGACCAGGACUGGACACGAUAUUAAGAAGGUGCUUGACCCUUUCUGCGGCACACUACCGGAUUCACUGAGCCUACUCUGUGCCUACUUCCUAUGUCUGCUGCGCCGACCUCCUCAGACCCUGUGUGACAUGUUCGCGUUUUAUGAGAACUUCUUUGAGCAUUGGAGCGGGCAUUACGACAGUGUGCACAAGGAACAGGUCAAGCAACAUAAGCACGAUGCAUUUAAAGCUGUGGUUGCAAGUGCUAAUUUCGGAGUUGAAUACGACGGCUUGGACCCUACCACCAUGUUCCGUAGCAGUAGCCAUUCUGGAGAUGAUGCCACUCACCUCAAAGGCGACCUGUUUGCUAUUGUUAACUGCAAACCAAAUGAGAACCCAGUCCACCCCUGCGGGUCAUACUUGCAGCCACUAUCAUACGAGGUGCGUUGCGUAUUCACCGAGAAACUCGCUGCCGACUACCUAUCUUGGAUUGUCUACAUAACAGAAACGUUUUACAAUCUACUCAACGACCUGUAUAACAAAUGCACUAAAUGUUGUAUCCAACAACAAGCAGACUGCUAUGGCAGAAUAUGUGCCAAGGGUUGCACAGUGGACUCCACACCUGAACCAGCUGAAAGUAAAAUGCUCACGGACAAAACGCAUGGCGAGUUGUGCAACUCCAUAGUCCAAUGUGCCGGUAUUCAUCCCACAAUAUAUGCAGCAGGAUUCACAUUUGGCAGCCCGUGGAGUCUAUGUGGCGAUAACGGCAUUGGAAAGAAACGGUCAUGUAAAGAUUUCUGUACGGCGUUAGGAAUGGUUGUUGCGAAAUAUAAUGCUAUUUAUAACCUUGUGAAUAAGCACAUCCCCAAUUUCCUGUGGGAAAUCAGACACAAAUUCUUCUACACCCUCGUGGCUCUCUGGGCCUACUCCCUCCUCUACCUGUUGUACGUCAUCAUCGGACGCCUAGACACACUCCACGUCCGCUCCCACUUGAGACUGCCAUCAUCGCACAAGAUAUCCGCCCAGUCACUGCUUGCCACUGCACGUCUCAACAACCUCGCCAAGCUCGCUUACCUGCGGACGUGA